UUUAAUCCUUAAAAGAAAACUCAUUAUAUAUAUUCCUGCUUGGAAAGCAAAAUAUAAAAACCCUAAUAAUUGUAUUGUAGGCAGGAGAAGGGAUUUUUGCUUUGCUCCCUCAAUUUUCGCAGCUAUCGAAAAAAAACAUGUCAGGAUCUGAGACAGGACUAACGGCGGUGAACAGAGAACCACCAAUGCCAUUCCCACUCGCUCUCCACCACCAACACAAUCAACCUCAUCCUCCUCCUCCGCAGCAGCACUCUCAGAACAUGCAGCUGUCCUUCACCGGCGCCGACAGAACCGCCGUCUACAAGCCCAUGAGCUCUGAGUCUUCACCACAGCAGCAGCAGCAGCACUACCAACACGACAGCGGCUUGAACAUGAACAUCCCCGUGACCACCGAGCAGCGCGUGAAGAAGAGGAGAGGCAGACCGAGGAGAUACGGACCGGAGAGCAGCGGCGGCGGAGGAGAAGCGUCGCUUGGUUUUGCUCCCGGACCUCCUUCAUUCGCCGUCAGCCAACCUACUGGCGGAGAAGGUGGUUCCGGCGGAGGAGGGGGAGGAGCGUCGCCUACUGUUAAGAGGAUGAGAGGACGACCUUCUGGGUCUAGCAAUAGGCAAAAGCUUCAAGCUUUAGGGUCGACAGGAGUAGGAUUCACGCCUCACAUUCUUACAGUGAGCACUGGAGAGGAUGUAUCAUCAAAGAUAAUGGCGUUUUCUCAGAACGGACCACGAGCUGUGUGUGUCUUGUCUGCAAAUGGAGCUAUCUCCAACGUGACUCUUCGCCAGCCCGCCACAUCCGGUGGAACCGUCACAUAUGAGGGGAGAUUUGAGAUUCUGUCUUUAUCCGGGUCGUUCCUUCUGCUGGAGAACAAUGGUCACAGAAGCAGGACGGGAGGUCUAAGUGUGUCCUUAUCAGCUCCGGAUGGUAAUGUCUUAGGUGGUUGUGUAGCUGGUCUUCUUAUAGCAGCUUCACCUGUUCAGAUUGUUGUUGGGAGUUUCAUACCAGACGGGCAAAAAGAACAGGUGGGACAAAUGGAACAACUAUCGAGUCCUGCAUUACCCCGUGUGGCCCCAAGUCAUGUACUGAUGACUCCGAGUAGCCCCCAGCAGGCUCGUGGAGCAAUGAGUGAGUCAGCUUGUGGACGACAUGGAAGCCCUCUUCACCAGAGCACAGGAGGUUCUUACAACAACAACAACAACAACAACCUUUCAAUGCCCUGGAAGUAGUCUAAUGAUACUAUAACUAGAAUGAUGAUGAUGAUGAUUCUUAUCUUUAGUCUAGGCUUUCUUUUUAGCGGUCUGUCCAGACAAAACUUAAUCUGUCUUGUGUGUUUGUGUUGAUUUUGAUUUGCAGAACCUUGAGUUAGAAAUUGGAAUAUUCUGAUUAAUGUAGAUCUUUUUAUAGUAAAGAUUCUCCAUCUUGAAAACA